AUGCGUGGUCUCCUUACUUUUGCCUCGCUGUUGCUAGGGGGAAGCACCGUGCAUGCGACCGCCCUGGCCAACCCUCACGGUGGUCACAGCUCUAACGCUGAUAAAAUCACCCCAAAGGUGUUCAUCAUUUCAAUGUUUGAACCCGAAGCUGCGGCAUGGUGGAAUAUUCCAGAGUUCGACUUGCUUGCUCACAACAUAAGCCUCCCCGGUCUUGCGCCUAUCUUCCCCGAUGUGCACUGUACAAAGGACUUCGAGGUCUGUCAGCUCAUCACUGGUGAAUCUGAGAUCAACGCCGCUACCACUGUCUUCUCCGUUGCCUUUUCUCCUCUUUUCGACCUGACACAUACCUAUUUCUUCAUUGCUGGUAUUGCCGGCGUCAGCCCUAAGCGUGCUACACUUGGCUCUGCCACCUUUGCUCGGUAUGCAGUCCAGGUGGCACUUCAGUACGAGAUUGAUAUCCGGGAGCUCAAUGCCAGCUAUUCCACCGGAUACAUCCCAUUGGGCUCAGAAUACCCAGAUCAGUACCCUAGCAAUAUCUACGGCACCGAGGUCUUUGAAGUCAAUGAUGAUCUCCGCAGCCACGCCGUGAAAUUCGCACGCCGAGCAACUCUGUCUGAUUCUACUGAGGCUAAGGCCUACCGCGCCCACUAUGAAACUGCCAGUGGAGAAUACAAGGUAGCUUCUUUGCCUCCGUCUGUUGUGGAAUGUGAUGUUGCCACUUCGGAUGUUUACUACGCUGGCAACAUCUUGGGCGAUGCUUUUGCCAAUACUACUAAGCUCUUCACAAAUGGAACUGGUGAUUAUUGCUCCACUGCUCAGGAGGAUAAUGCGACACUCGAAGCCCUGCUGCGGUCGUCAGCUCACAAGCUGACUGAUUUCUCUCGCAUCAUCGUCAUGCGCACUGCAUCCGACUUUGAUCGACCCUACCCUGGAACUUCAGCCACAUACAACCUGAUGGAGGCCUCCACCGGUGGGUUCACUAUUUCUAUUGAAAACAUCUACAACGCCGGAAUCGAAGUCGUGAAGGGAAUUUUAGAGGGAUGGCACACGACUUUCGAGGCAGGUGUGAAGCCCACAAACUAUAUUGGAGACAUUUUCGGUACUCUGGGCGGCGAGCCCGACUUCGGCCCCGGUGUUCAAGAGGCUUAUGAUAACAGUGGUGCCUUGAAGAAGAGGAGCUUUACCAAUCGCCUCAAGAGACGCAACUGA